UGUUUCUUUUUUUUUGAAAAAUAUUUUUAUACAGAUACUUUCUCCUAUAGAAAGAAAUUUAACAUGGACUAUUCGUCAAUUUUAAUUAAAGUUUGGUGUACGAUUUAUCAUCUUGUACAAGAUCAAAGCAAUGGAAAAUUUCAAGAUAUUAUUCAACAUCAUGCUGAAAAUAUGACAAUUUUAGAUGUUAUGGAUCUUAUAUCAUUUUAUAAAAGCAUAUCACCUGGAUAUACACGAAAAUCAUCAGAACUUUUGUCAUCUUGGUCGAAAAAUGUGUUCGUAAUCAUCUUUAGUUUGUUUUCCGUUGCUUCAAUUAUUACUAAUUCUGCUAGUUGUUACGUUGCCAUAUGUUACAGGAAGACAGCAGCGUCUUUGUGCUAUUUCUUUGCCUUCUCUUUGGCCAUCAGCGAUUUAUUACAGACAAUUGCUACAUUUCUUCCGGAAGUGAAUAAUGUGAUGAACGACAUGAUGUGGAAACUUGGAUAUUGGACUUGUAAUGUAUUACCAUUUGUACAAGUUACUUGUACUGUAGCGAGUUCUUUAACAUUGUGUUUCAUCGCAAUCGGUCGAUAUUUAGCAGUGGUUCAUGCUAUGCGUUGUAAAUCCGUACAAAAUUCAAAGAUUUCAAUUUAUGUUGUUGUUAUUAUCUGGAUUAUAGGUAUAUGUAUGGGAAUACCUUCAUUAAUUAUCUAUAAAAUUUAUCAAAAUAUCAAAACUAAAGUUUCCAUUCCUCGUUUAUUGUAUUCUCAAUUUUCUUCUUCGAAACAAGUUCAAACGUAUUGUGUCAUAGAUGAUGAUAUUUUUGGCUAUUUAGGAACUAGGGUAUAUAUUUAUAUAGUUCCUGCUGUAUCAUUUUUACCUUUAUUUCUUAUAAUUACAAUUUUAUAUUGUUACGUAGGAUAUUACUUAUGGAUGCGUAAACCUGUUGGUGAUAUACAAACAUUAGAAAGAUCUGAUUCGAAUAUAAAGAAGAAAAAACGUAUUGUAAAAACGUUAGUUACACUAAUUGCUUUAUAUUUUAUAUGUAGAUUUCCAAUUUGUAGUUACAAUUUGAAAAUUGGAACCAAAUUAGUAUCCGCUGAAAGUAAUCAAAUUAGCACAAAUGCAACAAGAUCAACAGUUAUUCCAAGAAGUAUAAAUGUACAAGAAUUUGAUAGAACUUAA